CACUGCAUCAAACCAGUGCACUGCUCUGAGCGGGAUGCGUCAGCAGUACGUUCACGUUUCCAUUGAAGGACAAAAGGAGGAGGUAGAACACAGAGGUUUGACUGCCUGCACCCCCGUCACAUAAAGGGAAAAAGAGCGAGAGGAUCCUGAACACUGGGAAUACGGUGAGGACCGCUGCUGCCACCACUGCCGCCGUGGACAGUCUUCUCUGCCGGGUGCAUGUGUGUGCGUGAAUCUCUCUCUAUCUCUCAGUCCUGUAGACCACCAGGCAGUCCACAGCCUCACGGGCAGAGCAGGCAAACUGCCACAACUUACUACCUCGAGAAGAAGGAAUAAAAGAAUACCGCAAGAUCUUUACCAGGGGCGAAGAACUACGGAAUCUUUUUCAAGGCAAGCACUCUAAAAUCGACAGCACGUCACACAGCUAGAUCAAUUCCUCCUUUUUCUGACACUGAAGUGAGUGAGAGAGAACAUGAGAGAGAGAGAGAGAGCAAGAACACACAAUCGCUAGAGAGAGCUUCACUGCUGCGAUGCUGCUACCCCCCUUCCUCCCCCUUCCUGCUUGCGCACCACCACCCCCGAGCCCCCCUCCAGAGAAACUGACGGAUUAUUGCUAACUGUGCACGCGGCAGUCUGCAGCUGCUACGGCAACGAGCAGGAGAAUAGCGAGUUGAAAAAAGCAAGACAGAAUGACCGCAAUGUGCGUCUGUUGCCGUUUUUUGUAUUCGUCAGUGAACUGCUAAUCAACAGGACAAGUGUCGAUGGGGGGUGAACAGCGUGUUAGUCUAUAACAGGCAGGAAGGAAAAUCUGUAAAAGACUUGGGAUUUCAGUCCCAACACUAUUGCUUUUUUUCUUUCUUCUUUUUCUGCACUACUUGCAGUUUGGAAAUGGAGUCUUGUGAAAAAUGUUCAGUUGUAUGCAGCGUCGGCUUCCAAGGACAAUCAAUGGGGGAGCUGAGAGGAGAGCUUUUUCAAUCUAACUGGAUCCGUGCACCUGCUUAGCUCAAUGGGCCUUACCUCUUGAAUCAGUUUCUAUAAACACUGCAUCCCUCUGGAAUUCAAAGGAAAAAUUUUGGCACAUCUAUUCACAGUCCAAUUUCCUUUUUUUUUCCUUUUUUUUUUAAUGUUGUAGAGAUCUUAUUGAACAUUGUCGGUGUUAUGCAAAUUAAAAAGGGACAUUCAAAGGAGUACUAAUGAUUACCAUCCUGCACUGUCCAUGGAAAGCAGAAGCAGUGUCUUGCUCAAGCCAGGGUAGGGCCACUGUUCUCCGUUCCCGAGCCGAAUCCCCACAUGAUGUUGAAUUAUGAAUGCGCCACAUCAUGAGUCUCUUGUGGCAGGUAACUGUGCACUGGAACGCAGCCCUGCUCUGUGCAGUCUACCUCAUGGUGCGAGCAUGGAGUGUAUGCGCCACCCCCACCGGACCGCAGAACUGCCCAGCUGUAUGCUCCUGCAGUAACCAGUUCAGCAAGGUGGUGUGUACCAGGCGUGGCCUAGUCCGAGUGCCGCCUGGCAUCCCCACUAAUACACGCCACCUCAACCUCAUGGAGAACAGCAUUGAGGUAAUCCAUGCUGACACAUUUCGACACCUCCACCAUCUGGAAGUGCUGCAGCUUGGCAGGAACUCCAUCCGGCAGAUUGAGGUGGGGGCCUUCAAUGGUCUCACCAAUCUUAACACCCUGGAGCUCUUUGACAACCGGUUGACUGUAAUCCCUAGUGGCGCUUUUGAGUACUUGUCUAAGCUGCGGGAAUUAUGGCUCAGGAACAACCCUAUUGAAAGCAUACCGUCUUAUGCAUUCAACCGUGUCCCCUCCCUCAUGCGACUGGAUUUAGGAGAACUGAAAAAACUGCAGUAUAUCUCUGAGGGUGCUUUCGAAGGAUUAUACAACUUGAAAUACCUAAACCUCGGAAUGUGUAAUCUGCGGGAGAUGCCUGUCCUCUCCCCAUUGGUGGGGCUGGAGGAACUAGAGAUGUCAGAAAACUACUUUCCGGACAUAAAACCUGGAUCCUUUAGGGGUCUGAAAUCUCUGAAAAAGCUCUGGAUUAUGAACUCCAAAAUCACUACCAUGGAGAGAAAUGCAUUUGAUGAUGUCACAGCCUUGGUUGAACUCAACCUGGCCCAUAAUAAUCUUAGCUCUUUGCCCCAUGACCUUUUUGCACCCUUGAGUUACCUGGUAGAGCUGCACUUGCACCAUAACCCAUGGCGGUGUGACUGUGAUGUGGUGUGGCUGGCUUGGUGGUUAAGAGAGUACAUACCUACAAACUCCACAUGUUGUGGCCGUUGCCAUAGCCCUGCCCAUCUGCGAGGACGCUACCUAGUGGAGGUAGACCAGACUACGUUUCAGUGCUCUGCUCCUUUCAUCCUAGAUGCUCCACGGGACCUUAACAUAUCUGCAGAGCGAGUGGCUGAGUUCAGGUGUCGCACAGCUCCCAUGUCAUCUGUCAGAUGGCUCCUACCCAAUGGAACAGUUCUGACCCAUGGCUCCAAUCAUCCAAGGAUAUACGUUCUCAAUGAUGGAACUCUAAAUUUCUCCAAUGUUCUGCCAUCUGACACAGGUGUGUACACCUGCAUGGUGACAAACAUGGCUGGAAAUUCCAAUGCAUCAGCUUACCUGAAUGUGAGCGCAGCAGAGCUUAACACCUCUGAGCACCUAAGCUAUUUUACCACAGUCACUGUGGAAAUAGUGGAGUCGAUAUCAGAGGAGGUGAUUAAACCGAAGACGGUCACGGCCUCACCCUCCGUCUUCCAGCCUGUGUUUAUCUCAACUCCAACUGUCCUACUGCAGACACCAAGACAGGUUAGUGUGCCAACUAUCCGAGGAACUGUGCGCCCACCUGCCAGCUUAGAUGAAGUGAUGAAGACUACAAAGAUCAUCAUUGGCUGCUUUGUUGCAGUCACACUGCUUGCUGCGAUCAUGCUAAUUGCGUUCUACAAGCUCCGUAAACGACACCAACAGAGGAGCACGGUGGCAGCUGCCAGGACUAUAGAGAUCAUUCAGAUGGAGGAGAAUGUUCCUCCUACCACACCAGGAACAACUAUACCAGGAGAGGGUGGGAUGGUGCUACCAAGUCUGAGAGAUCGUAACAACACCUACAAAUCCAGCUACAGCACCUACAAACCAGCACACUCUGCUCCCUGGACAGAGAACAGCAUUAGCAAUUCUCUACAUCGCCCACGGCCCACACCCAUCAGCACCAUCCCGGAACCCUACUUGAUUAAAACUCACACCAAGGAGAAGGUACAGGAAACCCAGAUCUAACAUUCCCAUAACCUUCUCCUCCUUCUACCCUUUUUUUCUGUUCCUCAUGAAAACAUGCAAUAGAAUGCACAAAGGAAAGACAGCGAUUACUUUUGUACUCAGUGCAAAAAUCAGACUGUUUUUCUUGUAUAUGCUUAUAUAUAAAUAUAUGAAUAUAUAAAUUAAUCCACUAUGG